CAAAAACUAUACUGCAAUGGCCGAAAAACCAAUAAAAUAAAUAGUGAAAAAUGUAAUUCCUAACCAUCUCCCACGAACCGUAUAACUCUCUGAGUAGCUAGCACAAUGGGUAAGCCUAAGUAUGAUCCUCCGACGAGCACAUACCCGUACAAGAUAUCGAAGAGGUUAAAUAUUCUUAGUAUACCUAGGAAAUACAUCAUAGAUACAGGUGAAGGUAUGCCAGCAUUGACUCCCAGGGGAAUAAGGAAAUCUGCAAUUAAUAGUCACAUAUCUGACAGAGUGAAUGACGCCGCUUGGCCCUACUUACGUCGUUUUCUUAUAAUAAAACGAAUGUACAAGAAUAGAUUCAGUGCAGAACGUAUAGAACGAAUUGAUCGUAUGAUUGAAGCCGCCAAUGCGACUUGUUAUUCUAAACUAGCGAACUGCGUGCUUGAUCUUAAGAAACAAGAUACGAAAGACGUCAAGAAGAAACGAGGAUGGACUGAAAGUGAAUGGAAAAAGCACAUGGACUAUAUUAGUCAAAUCGCUGGACCGAAAAAAGACUUCAGGUCGACUCCAGUUAGGAGAGGCCAAGGUAAACCUUUGGAUCUUUUGCUGCCAAGAAUCAAUCAAAUUUGCCACUUGCCUGAAUUCAAAGUUUACAGAAGAUUAUCUAAAGAAGAUUGGUACAGGGACCCUGUAAAGGUACCACCGAAUGCGCUCAAAUAUGUGAUAUCGGAUCGAAUAAAGAAGCUAGCUGCUCAUAGAGUUAUACCGCAGGCUGGUUUUGACUGAACAACUAAAUGUCUUAAAACUUUGUAUAAAACAAUACGACAUACAAAAAUACUUCGAAAACUACUCCAGACAAUCAUUUCGCAUAUUUUAAAUAAUAAUCCAUUAACCAAU